UUCACACCUAAGCGUUUUCUGCAGCUUUUUGCAGAAACGCAGUGCAGUCCAUUUAACAUGAUUUCCUAUGGGACAUGUUCACAUCUCCGCUUUUUCACCCGGUGCAUUUUUUGGAAAGGGUCAGGGACUUUUUUUAACACAAAAAGUUGCAUUUUUGGUGCUAUAGAUUUCAAUGGAAAUGCUGCAGAAAAGCAUGUAGUGCAUUUUUGCUGACUUUUGAUGCAUUUUAAAUCUGUCUAGCAAUGAAAAAUUUUCAAAAAAUAAAAAAUGCAAAAUGCAAAAAGCAAUGCAGAAAUGGGUGAAAUGCAACCUGCAUAGGUGUGAACCUAGC